AUGAUCGAGGACUUUGGCACACCAGAAGACGUAUUCAUGGCAGUUAUUGAUACAUACUUUACCUACUGCCAGAAUCAGCCUUACUCGUUCUUUCAUGAGGAUACCUUCCGGCAACGUUUAUCGGAACAAGCUAUCCCUAGACAUUUAGUCCUAGCUGUCAUGGCGACUGCAGUUCGAUUUUGCUCGCAUCCGUACUUCUCGGGACGCGUGGUGGAGAUGUCUGUCGAAUAUGCCAACAGAUCCUGGAAGCUCAUCGUGUCGGACUGUUUCACUGCCGGCAACGUGGCAGAUAUAUCGACAGUCCAGACGGUCGCCUUGCUAGGCUUGUUCGACUUCACUGCUGGUCGAUCACGCCAUGGUUCAGCGUGGGUCAAAGUUGGCCUGGCCGUGAGGAUCGCGCAGGAUUGCGGACUCAUGCUAGACAACGCGGCGCAUCUCUCGUAUGUGGAACAGGAAGAGAGACGCCGGGUGUUCUGGUCAGUCUAUCUGCUGGAUCGCUUGGUCUCCUGCGGCCGCGGUCGACCACCGGCCAUCGUUGAUGCGUCGUGCCAUGUGCAGCUGCCGUGUGACGAGUCAACAUGGAGGGAAGGCCGAUGGGCCAAGACACAGUCAUUGGACGAGAUGACAAAUCGGACACUUUCAGUAUCUGAACGGCAAUGCCCCUUGGCUCAAGUCAUUGCUACUGCACACAUCCUGGGCCGAUGUGCGCAGUAUGUGCUCCAGGACUUCAACAUCAGAGGACCACCACCCUGGGAUCCUGGCUCAGACUUUGCAGGCAUCGAAUCCGAUCUCCUACAUCUCGAAGCUUAUUUGGAAAUACAGAGACCAGUUAAUGAAAUGUUUGCGGCCCAUACCUCGAUCGAUGGAGCAGUGGAUAGCCAGUGCACAGGGCCAAUCGUCUUCUCUCGAGCACAUUUCCAUCUUUGUUACUGUCUACUCAACCAUCCAUUCUUGUUACGCCGCCGCCUCAACACAUGCCGCAACCUCGCACCCAUCAGUUUCAUCAAACGAUCAUCUGACUUAGCCUGGAUUCAUGCGCAGCAAAUGUUGGUUCUUAUCCGUGAGUCGCGUAAGUUGGGCUGCUCGUUUCAUUCUUCGUCUAGCGGCUAUGCAAUCACAGUCGCAGGCUCCAUCUUCGCGUUGCGGAUUUACGACGACGACUCGCUUGCUCGUGAGCAGGCUCAGCUACUGCUCGAAGAGGCUCUACUCUAUCUGGACAUCAUUGGCCAGCACUGGAGUAAUGUUAAAACAAUGGCCGCGACACUUCGCCGAAUAGUCUACGAUGGGGUUUUGGGACGCAACUUGAACAGCCUCGCGCAGACUUUGAGCUUCACGCCUGCAGAGGAAUCAGCUAUAUGGGCAGUAGUUGACUACAAUACCAUGUCGAACCAAUUCGGCGAGGAUGUUAUGAUGAGUGGGCGGGAAUCGGAUGAACAAAUGCCGACUUCGUGGAUUGAUCUUUUUGGUCCCAUUGAUUUUGCUCUGUUAUCAGGUGAAAACGGAGCGGCUCAGUAA